AUGGAAACAAAUGAUUUAGAUUUGACAAGAAAGUCAAUCUUAGAACAACGCAAAAGAAAUUUGUUAUAUUUAUUAACUUUCAUAUUUUCUCGUAAAGAUUAUGAAUGUUUGUCGCCUAGCUUAUCAAAAAUACUUAAAAGUGUUGGUUUGAAAAUACCAAAUAACGAAGAAUUCAAAGAUGCUUCAAAAAGUGGUUUAUUGGCUUUUUUAAAGGUUACUGCUAUUACAAUUGUUAUCGAGAUUUUGUUAAAUUUAUCAAAAAAUUUAAAAAAGAAAAAAAGUAUUUUUAAACUAUUGGACGAAAGACAAAUAAAAUCUAGUUAUCGAUUUGCAAUCUCAGUUUCCUCUUACAUAGUAAUAUAUAAAUCAUUACUUAGAUUUUUCAUACGUCUACUCGAUCCUCUAUUAAAACCUCCAACGAAUCCAAGUAUCAAUGAUGUUGUUUGUUCGCCAUUGGUUUCUCCAUUUUUGGCCGGAUGUUUGGCUGGUCCUUGUUUAUUGAUCGAUAAUGAUAAACCUAGAAGAAUCUCCUUGGCUAUUUAUACAUUUACUAAAAGUUUACAAUUUUUAUAUCAUUAUCUAAGGAAAACUCAUAUAAUACCAAAAAUGUCAUGGUGGUGGGGUUCUUGCCGUAGUUCCACUUAUGUCCAACCAAUCCCUGAAUAUUUUCCAAAAUCAAUUUCAUGGCCAACUGGUAGAGAAAUAGUGGAUCGUAUAGAAAUACUGGCUUCACUUUAUUAUCCAAAAUUCUAUUCAUCAAAACUCCAUGGUCGUGAUGCUCCGCCAUUACCUGACGCUUUAAAAUCUGUCAAAGUGAUAUUUGAGAUAGCUCAUCCUGCUCAUACAAAAAUGAUGUGUGCUAUGUUACAUCCUGAAGAUCCAAGUUGUCUAAGAACUUUUACAAAAUUUAUUGUAAAAGAAGGUUUGACAGCUUUGAAAUUUAUGGGAGUUAUGCAUGCAGUUGGUUUAUUGUUUAAAUCAAAAUCUUUUCUUAAGAGACCAAAUGAUAUUAUAAAACAUAUUUUAAAUUCCACGAUACCUGCAACAUUUAAAGGAGCAACAUUUAUUACGAUGGCAAUUUCAACUGCAUGGGCUUUAAUUUGUGGUUUUCAACAAGUCCUACCAAAUAAAUUUAUGCCUAUUUCAAGAAUUUUUAUUAAUGGAUUUAUUGGAGGAUUAUGGAUUUUAGUUGAAAGUCCAAAUCGUAGAUUAGAUAUUGGAAUGUAUAGUUUACGUUUAUCAAUUGAAUCUACUUGGAAAUUACUAUUAAAAAAAGGAAAAGUUAGGAAUAUUAGGAACGGAGAAGCAAUUUACUUUUCAUUAGCUAUGGGAUGUAUAAUGGCAAUUUACAAAACUCAACCAAAAAGCAUUUCUAGUUAUUACAGAAUUAUUAUUAAAAAAUUGCUUAAUGAGUAA